CUGCGCAUGCUUCCGCAUGCUGCGCUCGCUGGUUCCUUAAAUCUGUGUGCUUAAUCAAAGGCAGAGAAAUCCGACGCGGCGUUUGGGCUUCCUUUGCCCUGGCUCUGCGCGUUCCGUCCCGGGCCCCUUCCUUCUGACCCGUCUCCGAACCUUGCAUCUGGUGGUUCGAACGUUCCAGCCCGCUCCAGCCAUGACAGCUCAUUCAUUCGCUGUCCCCGUGAUUAUCUUCACCACCUUCUGGGGCCUGAUCGGUAUUGCCGGGCCCUGGUUCGUGCCCAAGGGGCCCAAUCGCGGGGUAAUUAUCACCAUGUUGGUCACCACUGCUGUCUGCUGUUACCUGUUCUGGCUGAUUGCCAUCCUGGCCCAGCUGAAUCCUCUGUUUGGGCCCCAGCUGAAGAAUGAGACCAUCUGGUAUGUCCGAUUCCUGUGGGAGUGACCAACUGCCAUCACCUGUCCCAGCUACCAGGCUUCUCCAGUCCUCUUGCUCUUCUGUUGACUUCAGGUGCGGUCAACCCCGAUGGCUCCUCCACUUCUGAAUCACUGUGUUCUUGGUAUUGCUCUUUCCUGUCUUCAAUUUGGUCACUCUUAGACCUAGACCUUCCCAUUGGAUUUGAUCAUGAGCCCAGCCCAAUUCUAGGAAAUAACCUCUUCCAUGGGAGACCUGGACCUCAAGGGAGAGGGGCUCAUAAUCAGGUCAGAGUGAAAGGAUUCUAAAUUUUUAGCCCUCCCUCCCUCCUUCUCCUUCAUUAUCCUUUUAUGAUUCUGUGAUAUACUUUGAUAUAAAAUUUGUGGACAUGGUGAGCCAUGGAGAUGGGGGGAGGAACUUUCUUUUCUUUCUUAGAAAAGUAUAGAAUUGGAGUAAAAACUAAAAUGUAUGAAAUAAUUGUUAAUUCUCUUCAGAGCUGAAGUCACUUUGCCUAGGAAAGAACAAAUGUAUUUAUUAUGUGUCACUUGGGUUGCUAAUCAAAUGAACUUGCUUGUUUUAUAUAAAGAGUGAAGACCUAGAGUAAAACUGGCAAACAGAAAUGAAAGGGAUCCAGAACAUUUUUAUUUCCUAAUUUAAAGAAGAAAAAAAACAGCUGGAUUUCCCUCAACAAAUUUUUUUGCGUAUAGUUUUUUAAAAUAUCCCUAGCCAUUGAGUUUCUUGAAUAUAUUUAGCUCCAUUUCAUCCAAUAUCCUGUUGAUCUGUCAUCCCAGUUCCUUGAGGGGAGUGCCAAACCCUAAAAUUGGUACCUUGGAGCCUAUAGAAGACAUGACCUUGGGUUCUUUGCUACUCCACAAACUAGUUGGACAUACAAGAUGGAAGAGGGGAAAGACUUGAGAAUGUUCCCAUAACAACUUGUCAGUAAUUGCAUAGUGCAGUAGAAGGGAGCAGCUGGGUGUCGAAGUGGUGCUGGACCUGGAGUCAGGAAGAGUCAUCUCGCUGAGUUCGAAUCUGGCCUCAGACACCUACUAGCUGUGUGACC